CUCUCUCUCUCUCUCUCUCUCUCUCUCUCUCGUUUAAUGGGUUAUUUAGUCUUUUUAUCACUUGUCUUCAUACUCACUGAAGCAUCGGUGAGCAAUGCUGGCUACUGGCCACCUUCACCUGGGUUCUACCCUAGUUCAAAGUUCAGGUCCAUGACUUUUAACCAAGGCUUCAGAAACCUCUGGGGUCCUAACCACCAAAGCGUUCACAACAAUGCGCUUGACAUCUGGCUCGAUCGUACAUCAGGAAGCGGGUUCAAGUCGGUAAAACCCUUCCGAUCCGGGUAUUUUGGAGCAUCCAUCAAACUUCAACCCGGUUACACCGCAGGAGUCAUAACAGCAUUCUAUCUUUCCAACAAUGAAGCGCACCCAGGGUUUCAUGAUGAGGUUGACAUAGAAUUCCUUGGAACAACAUUUGGAAAGCCAUACACCUUACAAACAAAUGUGUAUAUCCGGGGGAGUGGAGAUGGAAAGAUUAUUGGGAGAGAAAUGAAGUUUCAUUUAUGGUUUGACCCCACCAAAAAUUUUCAUCACUAUGCUAUCUUGUGGAGCCCAAACGAUUUAAUAUUUUUUGUGGAUGAUGUGCCGAUAAGAAGGUAUCCAAGGAAAAGCAGUGCAACGUUUCCAUUAAGGCCAAUGUGGUUAUAUGGCUCCAUAUGGGACGCUUCUUCAUGGGCUACUGAAGAUGGUAAAUACAAAGCUGAUUACAGAUAUCAACCGUUUGUCGGAAGGUUCACCAAUUUCAAGGCAACAGGUUGCUCAGCCUACUCAGCACCACGGUGCCACCCUGUUACCGCCUCUCCGGGGCGGUCUGGUGGCCUUAGCCGGAGACAACACAUGGCCAUGAAAUGGGUCCACAGCCACUACCUGGUUUAUAACUAUUGUUGGGACAACAAAAGGGACCAUUCAUUGACACCUGAAUGCUGGAAAUAGGAGAUUAAUUGGGGCAUCUACCCUAUUCAACUUAAGGUCACAUGGUCUUUUUUGGCUUUGAAGUUAAGGGUACUUUUUUACUUAGUCCUUUUUUUCUAUAGGGUGUGUUGAGAUGGGGCCACAAAAGGUUGUUCAACAUCCAAAUCCCUCUAGAAGAACAAAGAAAUUUUUAUUUUGUAUUCGUGUGUAAUAUUUUUAUUGGCCAUAUUCACAACACUUGUCAAGUUUAAUAUUAAACUUACUGUAUGAGUGAUUAUAUAUUAUCUGUUUUAUAACCA